AUGGGCCGCACUAUUCAAAGAGAUAAAGACGUUGAUUUUGACAUUGAAAGUGGUGAGAACACAAGCGAAGAGGAUACAAGCAAUGAUGAGAGAGAUUCAAGGAAUGGUUUUCCUUGGUCAUGGAAUGGGGUUCUGAAUUUAGAUGGAUCAGAAAAGGGUAAAAAUGGAAUUGAAUCGUGUAGUAAUUCUUCAAAUUCAGGUGGUUUUGGUGGUGUAGAGGAUUAUAAUUUAGAAUUGUUGGUGGAUAGAGGUAUAGAACAUGAUCAUGGAAAACAUGGAAAACAGAAGAGUAAGUCUGGUAAUCCAAGAAAGCCUCAAAAGCCACCUUUGCCUCCUAAGGGCCCGUCUUUGCAUGCUGGUGAUCACAGAUUUGUGAAGGAAUUAGCUGAACUUGCGUUGAGGAAGCGCGCGAGGGUCAAGAAAAUGAAUGCAGUUAAAAAGAUGAGAGCUGGCAAACCACCGUCGACGUCAUCGUAUACAAAUCUUUCUGCCAUGGUUAUCACUAUUGUUUUCUUCCUCGUCAUCAUACUCCACGCUAAGACUUUACUUGCAGGAAUCAGAUCUGCAAGUAGUGCAGCAGUUGGGUUAACAGCUUCCCCUGAUACUACGGUUGUAGCAGGCGAGAGUUUAAUUUCAAUUCAGUAUCCUGCAAACUUCAACUCCACUGACGGAAACGGACCUGGUUCUCACUUCCCAAGAUUACAGGAAGGAUGA